AGGGGCGGGUACAACCGGUACGAGCGGAUCGCGGCCCGGUCCCGUCCCGCCGCCGCCACCGGCACCAUGGCGGCGGCGCUGGACCUGCGCUCCAAGGAGGAGAAGGAUGCGGAGCUGGACCGGCGCAUCGCGGCCCUGCGCAGGAAGAACGAGGCCAUCAUCCGGCGCUACCAGGAGAUCGAGGAGGACCGCAAGAAGGCCGAGCAGGAGGGGGUGGCCGUGACCACCCUGCGCCGAGCACGGGACCCCCCUGCUGCCCCCCAGGAGCAGCGCCUGGGCAAGGAGAAGAAGGCACCGGGGGGGGGGCCCCGGCUCGGCCGUGGCUCCGGGUCCCGCCCCCCCCCUCGGGGGGACCCCCCCGGGGACCCCGCUUUGGAAGGGGCCGGUCCCGGUCCCAGCCCCAGGGACUGGAAGCAGCGGGGGCGGGGCCUGGGCAAAGGGGGGGCGAGGGGGGGGCCCAGCCCCAGCCAGGCCUCAAAGUGGGAGCUGCGCCGGCGCCAGAACAUCGAGCGCAUGAACGAGGAGAUGGAGAAGAUCGCGGAGUACGAGCGGAGCCAGAGGGACGGGCUCCCAGACAAGAACCCCGUCCGUAACUUCCUGGACGAUCCCCGCCGCUCGGGCCCGGCCCAAGACCCCGACCGCCGGGACGGGAGCCGCCGCCAUGGCCGCAACUGGGGGGGCCCCGACUUCGACAAGGUCAAAACCGGGAUGGACCGGGACCGGGACCGGACAUGGCCAAGCCCUGGUCGCUAUGGGGGGGCCCCGGAUAUGACGCUGUCCAUGACGGGCCGGGAACGCGCCGAGUACCUGCGCUGGAAGCAGGAGCGGGAGCGCAUCGACCGCGAGCGGGUGGCGCGGCACCGGAAGCCCGGAGGGCAAUGGAGGAGGGAGUGGGAUGCGGAGAAGACGGAGAGCAUGUUCCUGGAGGGCUCCGCUCCCUCCCCAUCCUGGGAUCCGGGAUCCAGGGAUGAGCUCCAGCGCCCGGCUCCCAAACCCCCCACCCUGGCUGAGUUCCUGCCCCAGCACAAGCCUCGGGGCCGGGGUUUAGGGGCCAAGUCCUACAGCAUGCACGACAACCGGUGGGAGGAGAGGGAGCCGAUGGAAGCACCUGAAACACACAACUGGGAGACAGAGGCAACACCAACCAGGACCCCCCUGGACCCCCCCCAUUCCCUGAGCCAGGAGGAGGAGGAAGAGCAAUGGGAGGAUGUGAGCGAAGAGGAUGAGGAUGAGGAUGAGGAUGAGGAUGAGGAUGAGGAUGAGGAUGAAGAUGAGGAGGAAGAGGAGGAGGAGGAAGAGGAUGGAGCCAGCACAGAGCCAUUGAGCAAGGAGGAACCCCCCCCCAGGCUGAGCCCCCUGGAGCCCCCCCAGAGGGAUGAAGCGAGGCCCAGUGCGGAGCAGGAGGCAGAGGAUGGGAUGAGAGGCUCCCCGGACGCGGCCCCGGGCUCCGUGGAGAUCUCGGGCUUCCACCGGGUGCGUUUCCGUAGGCGCCGCUCGUAG